CCCUGUGGCGGGCGGGACCCUGGCGUCCCGCUGUGCGCGGCAGCCCCCGGCCGCCACGCAAUGUCCGCCGGCUGGUUCCGGCGCCGCUUCCUCCCCGGGGGUCCACUUCCAGAGCCGCGGGCAGCUGGGCCGCGCUCCAGCCCGGUACCCUAUCACCGGCCCCGCUUCCUGCGCGGCUCCGGCUCCAGCCCGGGCGCCACCGACGCCUCGCGCCGCCCCGAUGCCCGGCCAGUGCGCAGCCCUGCACGGGGCCGCACGCUGCCUUGGAACGCAGGCUACGCCGAGAUUAUCAAUGCAGAGAAAUCAGAAUUCAACGAAGACCAGGCUGCUUGUGGGAAGCUCUGCAUCCGGCGAUGUGCGUUUGGGAUUGAAGAAGAUCAGGAGUGGCUGACAGUGUGCCCGGAGGAGUUCCUGACAGGUCAUUACUGGGCACUGUUUGAUGGGCAUGGUGGACCUGCUGCAGCUAUUUUGGCUGCCAAUACGCUGCACUCUUGCCUUCGCCGGCAGCUGGAGGCUGUGGUUGAAGGCAUGAUGGCCACUCAGCCCCCCAUGCACCUCAGUGGCCGCUGUGUCUGCUCCAGUGACCCCCAGUUUGUGGAGGAAAAGGGGAUCCGGGCAGAAGACUUGGUGAUUGGGGCUCUGGAGAACGCCUUCCAGGAAUGUGAUGACGUGAUUGGGAGAGAGCUGGAGGCCUCAGGCCAGAUGGGUGGCUGUACAGCCCUGGUGGCUGUGUUCCUGCAGGGAAAGCUGUAUGUAGCCAAUGCUGGGGAUAGCCGGGCCAUCUUGGUGCGGAGAGAUGAGAUACGGCUGCUAAGUUCUGAGUUCACCCCAGAAACAGAGCGGCAGCGGAUCCAGCAGCUGGCCUUUACCUAUCCUGAGCUUCUGGCUGGUGAGUUCACCCGACUGGAGUUCCCACGGCGGCUGAAGGGGGAUGACUUGGGGCAGAAGGUUUUGUUCAGGGAUCAUCACAUGAGAGGCUGGAGCUACAAACAGGUGGACAAGUCUGAUCUCAAGUAUCCACUGAUUCAUGGACAGGGUCGGCAGGCUCGGUUACUGGGAACACUGGCUGUCUCCAGAGGGCUGGGAGACCAUCAGCUUAGAGUCCUGGACACCAACAUCCAGCUCAAGCCCUUCCUGCUCUCCAUCCCACAGGUGACUGUGCUGGAUGUAGACCAGCUGGCACUGCAGGAGGAUGAUGUGGUUGUCAUGGCAACUGAUGGACUCUGGGAUGUCCUGUCCAAUGAGCAGGUGGCACUGCUUGUACGGAGCUUCCUCGCUGGGAACCAAGAGAACGACCCACACAGGUUCUCAGAGUUGGCCAAAAUGCUGAUACACAACACCCAAGGAAAGGACAAUGGUGCCACUGGAGAAGGGCAGGUGUCCUACGAUGAUGUCUCCGUGUUCGUGAUUCCUAUGCACAGUCAGGCCCAAGAGGGCAGUGGCCACUGAAGAUUCAUGAUACUGCAUUCUAGAACCUCCUCAGAACCAAUGCAGACGCAGCAUAUGUCCACUGUGGCCAAGAGCAGGACCUGCCUGGCCUGUUCUAAGUCACAGCCCAAUGAUCACCAGGUCCCACCUUCUGCACUGGUAACAUUCCUCUGGCAGAGUUACUUUAUAGCAUUAUGGUUUUGGCGGCAUUGGCUCCUCUGCAGGAUAAAGGGUUAAGGGCACUAAGAAGCCUUGGGGAGCAGGCAGCUCACUUGGUUCCAACUUAUCUCAAGGUAUUCAUUUAACCAUCCACCCACACAAGGCACCUUCUUGAAACCUCUGAGCAGUUUCACAUUUGCUUAAUUUAAUUACGAUUAAAGUGAUUUUAAUUUUUUCUUUUCUGUCUUCUGUUAUGUAGUUCUAGCUGUCCUGGAACUUGCUAUGGAGACCAGGCUGGCUUCAAACGCAGAGAUCACCUGCCUUUGCCUCCUGAGCGCUGGAAUUAAAAUGUGUGCCUGCCUGGAACAGCCAUCUUGAGAAGAGCUCCUGAAACCUGUUCAGAUCCUGCCUUGCUCUCUGCCUGUAAAGGGCACAGGUCUCAGAUAAACUUUGUAGAGUAAAAUGGGCAAGAAGGCUUCAGGAUUGGCGGGGCUGACUGUUACUGUCUGGAGCCUGGCUGCUAAUCUGGCUGCUUUCCCCCAGUUCCAGGCCUGCCCUAUACACCAACACUGUUUGUGCUGUUCUCCAGUCAUGCCAAGUACAAAAGCUUCUCAGCAAGCCAGUUCUCCAUGUUUCUAACCUUCCAGUUUUAGCCAGCCUAGCGCUAUCCCCACCCACUCUGGUAUUCUCCUGCCCACUCUACCCUAGCCAGCCACCAAAGAUUCAUAUACAGCAUUCCCUUCGGGGACACAGCCAACAUGUUAUUAAACGUUUGCAUGUAAAAGCCCCUGUGAAUCCUGAAUUGCCCACACAGCUCUGGCUGACAGUCUUGUCGAACCUUGUGGCCUCACAGUGGGUCCUUUUUAGUCCUACCAUGCAAACCAGCAUACAAUCAAGACUGGUCCCAUGCUCAGACCCCUUGCUUUUGCCAGGAAACGGGAAGACCUUUACCUGUAAACUCUCGAUUAGAGGCACCAGAAGGGCUGCCUUUUUACAUAAAAAAAAAAAAGUUUUGCAAGAA